AUGACCCCCCCGGAGCAAUAUGACACUUUUCGCUUAGCAAAAAAAUUGUUGGACUAUCAGAGCUCAAUGUUCUGGCCCGACGAAAGUGGAAAGCAAAUCUCUCCCGAACAUUGUCAAACGCAAAUGACUGCGACGGAAGCGGCUGGAACGCUACGUUCUCUCGCUACCUCCGGUACAACAGGCUAUUACGCCACACAAGAGCAACCUGCUUGCCCGUUGCCUCGUGCUAGCAGCUUUUCUUAUACGGGAUUUUCGCCAACCGCAAACCAUACGCAGAAUGCUGAGGCCAUUGGGUUCGACAGCCCGGCUUUCGGGAAUACGAUCAAUCGCAUCGAGCACCACGCCAGCUUUACUGUCAACCCUGGCACGUUCAACGGUCUUCACUUCGACUGGCAGGGCAAUUACGAUGCUCCUUAUCCGGCUAGCUUCCACAUGGACCCCAACGCUUUUGCCAGUCUCACUCCACAACAUGCUUAUCAGGCUCCUUUUGAGACUCCUUGCCAGACUGCCCACGAUGUUGAUAUCCCCAUAAACCCUGAAUCUUUCGAGAGUCUCAUGCCAUCAGUCUUAGAACAGUAA